AUGGGUGUGUCUGAGGCAGGCUGUUCCAAUACACCUGAACUUUCACUUAUUGAGCCAGAACGUCCUGGAUCUGGCAGCGGCGAUGAGGAAGAUAUUCCGAGAAGGAAACAAAGGCGUUAUAGAACUACUUUUACAAGUUAUCAAUUGGAUGAGCUUGAGAAAGCGUUUGGUCGGACGCAUUAUCCUGAUGUGUUUUCGAGGGAAGAGCUCGCCUUAAAAAUUGGAUUAACUGAAGCUAGAAUUCAGGUAUGGUUUCAAAACCGUCGCGCGAAAUGGAGGAAGCAAGAAAAGGUUGGGCCACAUGCGCAUCCGUACAGCGGUUACUUGAGCGGGGCGCAGCCUUUGCCGACAUCCGCCACAUUGCCCCCUCCACCUCAUCCACUUUCGCAACUAGGCUUUGGAUUGAGAAAACCAUUUGAUAAUGCUUUGGCUUCCUUUAGGUACGCAAGUAGUCCUUUAUUUGGAGCGCAGUACUUGCCUCCGUUGUCGCGUCCUCCGUUAUUUGGCGCGCCGCUAUACGCUACAUCUCCCGCUCACUUUCACUCGCUGUUCGCCAACUUAACCGCACCGGAACCACCGCGGCUAUCACCCGAACAUUCCCGAUUAUCACCCGAUGUAGCGCGUUCUCCUGCGCCGUCCAUUUCACCCCCAAUAUCGCCAGGAUGCGAAACAUUGCCUCCGCUGGCGGCAGUAGAUGAUGUAAGGAGUUCUAGUAUCGCUGCCUUAAGACUGGCAGCAAGGGAACAUGAAAUAAGAUUAGAGUUACUGAGGCAGAGAGCUGACUUGAUUUGUUGA